AUGUUCCAGAGCACCUCAGCGCUUGCACUGGACCGAAAUAAUGACAGCCCGGUCGGCGUCCACGUCCCAGACCACAGCCUCAGCCCGAUCCCAAUCAAAAGUGACAACGAAGGCAGCGCCAUCUGCAAUCAAUGCACCAACGAUCCAGUGAUAUGUUGUCCUGUCGAAUGUCAGAGCGACGGUAUCUGUCCGAGAAUCGCGGUUAAGAAUGCAAAUUGGCUUAUCGACGGCAGGAAGAUCACCAGUAACUCGAAGAAGCAUUGA